AAGGGGCGUGGCUUCGGUUUGACAUGAACAUUUCAUGGGCUGCACCAAACUAUGAGUUCCGAUAGGCGCGCUGAAAUAGCAUGAAUGGCAGGAGAGAUGUUAGUAUUGUUUUACGGUUGCACACUCAUUGUGGUAAUUAAGAAGACGUGAAGCGUUUUGAUAAGCUGUCACCCCUCUGAAGUGCAGUGUCAUUCAUCCUCAUAUCGCACAUUGCCACUUGAAGUGGUGAGAACGGUACACGUUUCUGGUUGUUAAAGAUAGCCCGGUAUAAUACACUAGGCAAUUAAGCCGGCAACCACGCUACCCAAAAUAUUCCACGUCAAGUUAAGAAUUCGCGAGAUAAGAGGACGCAAUAGUUACAUGAAAAGGCACAUGUAGCGCGACACGGUCCAAACCGGACUUCGUAAAUAAGAGCCUCUGCACUCAGUGGCGUUCAGUGAAGAAGCGCUGUGCAUGCCUCUAUGGUAGGGGAACUUUGCAGACUUGACUCACCCACAUGUCAACUGAUAUGCAAUGACUCUUUCCCUAUCCGGUUCAAAUGAUAACUCGCCCGAUGACAAGCUUCACAGUCAAGUGCCAAAAGAGCCAUGACAAACACUUCGAAUGAGCGCACGUGAUUUAUAAAUUAUAAACUCACUUAUUCCAUUUCUGUAUUACAUUUUAGACGGAGAAGCUACUUAUACCGGUCGUCGUCAUCAUCAUUAAGGAUAUCUCACCAGGAUGAUGUUGCACCCUAUCCCCCAUGGGGACCCUGCCAGCAGCUACGCGACGGCAUUCUACGCACCCCAGCCACUGCCGGCCGGCCUGCACCUACACACGUUCAGCGGCUCCCCACCCAUCGGACUAGGGGCUUUUAGGGAACACACCCCAGCACACUCCUCUUCGUUCAUGAUAGAUGACAUUCUUGGAACGAAAACGUCCUCUGCGGUGUCCACUGCCAGCAGUGGAAACAGUGCGAACAUAAACAAUAACACUGGGAUCAGCACCAGUGCCACACCACAAAACCCUGCAAGACCGACUCCAGUCAACCCAGCGGCGUUGCAAACAUCUCCGCUCACUGUGCACGUGCCGAGUUCCCCAGGGCUUGGCGGGGGCGUAUAUAAACCCACGGCCCUCUAUGAGACAAUGAACCCAAUAGCCAGCUCCUACCUGGCGGCGCACGCGGCUGCGGGGUAUUCUAAUGGGCUGCCGUCUGGGUUUGCUAACGGACUAGGGAACCCUUUCUAUUCCCUCACCUACCCACGACUCGACUAUGCACAAACGCUGUUCGAGAGGCAAGGGCUACUGGCGAAAGUUCCGCCAAAAGCAGCCCCAUUUCUCUGGAAUCCAUUUAUGCAACGCAGUCUUCACAAACGGAAAGGUGGACAAGUACGGUUUUCAAACGACCAAACGGUGGAAUUGGAAAAGAAGUUUGAAAGUCAAAAAUACCUGUCGCCUCCCGAGAGGAAAAGAUUAGCCAAAGUUUUACAACUGACUGAAAGACAGGUCAAAACCUGGUUUCAAAACAGAAGAGCGAAGUGGCGCCGGCUAAAACAGGACUCCAGUGACAAGUCAGACGACACGCAACACGAUUCAGGAAUAAUCGCAGACUCUCACACGUCAUCGAGCGAUCAUCCGGGAAGCGACAUCUCAGAUUCAGAAAACGAAGAUGACGAAUCGACCGAAGAGUGCGGCGAAGUCAAAGUUGAUAUUUGUUACGAGAACCCAUCGAAAACUUAA